AUGAAGAAAUUCCUAAUUUUAUUGAUUUUUUGGAAAUUUACAUUCCCUUAGUUGUCUUAUGAAACCGGAUUAGCAAGGGACUUUGAUUCAGGUUAUGUGGGAGGUUUUAUGUGUAAACUUGGUUUUUCUAAAACUGCAACCAUUCCAUUUUCUAAUAUUUUUCAAAAUAUUCCUUAAGUAUUCUUUACCCAUGAAUAUUUUGAUAAUGAUAGACCUAAUUUAGAAUUUAGAUUGUCAAUAACAACCAUAACAAAAACAUGUAUUUUUUAUAUGAAAAUAUCUACAGCUUUUACAACUCAAAUCAGCUGUAAUUACGAUAGAGUUGUUGUACUCAGAUUAAGAUGGUUUGCGAUUGAUGAUUAACGUAUUGAAGUAAUAAGUAAUUUCAAUAUGGACAAUCCAGAUGAUAAAACAUUUUCAAUAAAGAAUCCUAAUGCUCAAACCGGAUUUGUAAUUUUGACAAGUAUGCAUUAUACAGGAGCAAUCGAUUUUCUAUUAUCGGUAAUACUUGAUAACAUACUUAGAUAAGCCAAAUAACAACCAAUUCAGUUACAGUGAGUAUAACUAAAGUGGCAGGAAAAUUUACAAAUCUUAAAUAAAUUGGUUAUUUUGUUGUUGUCGGAAUUUAAGAAGCAUUUAUUAAUUUAGGAUUAAAGACAGUAACUGGAGCGUUUAGUAGUGGACCACUUACAAUAUAACCAAAUAGAUGGUUUGCAAUUGCUACACAGGGCUUCAAUUAUCCAAAUACUUAAAAUAUGAGAGUAAGAGCAACAUAUACGAAUUUACCAACAACCAUUUCAUAUACUUGGGGUUCCUGUAAAUAUUUAUAAUAAUUAGAAAAGGGUAUGAAUCUGACACUCCAAAUAGCCAUUCAUAGAUAUGGAUUGCAUAUUAAUUUACAACGACAUUCAAACCAUUGGAAUGUUUUACUAUUAGAACAAGUAGAAAAUAAGCUUUUGAUUUAAGCAUCUUACCAACAUUUUAUUUAGAAUUGGUUUAAUCUAAUUAAAUUUAUACUACUAAUGGAAUCUAUGAUUAUUCGGUUGAUAAAUCAAUUAAUAAACCUAAAAUGAAUAUUUAAAUUAAAUGUGAAAAUGGAAAGAAAAUUAAAGCAGAUUUUAAUAAAUGCAAUGCUUGUAGUAUUUAAAAGACUUAUUCAUUUACUUAUAAUUGUUUUAAUUAAAUGAAUUAUGUUGGUUUUUACCCUAUAUUUUAAUAGGAAUUUCCAUAAUAUAAUCAUUUAAAAAUAAAUAUUCAAGCAUCAUCCCUUGAAAUUACAAAUAUUGUUUACGAUUAAACGAUUACAGAAAAGACGAUUGUGAAAAUUUAAAUAUUAAAUUAAUGA